AUGACAAAAUAUUUUAUGCUUCAAUAUUUUAACAAAAUUCUUACACUUCUAUUUUUUGCUUGGAUACAAUAUUAUUCCAAGGAUCAUGAAGUUCCUAACAAUUCGGUGGACAGUAUAAAACAUGUAGUAACAUCAUUAGGUAGAAGUAAAUGUAGGUUGUUAUCAAUAUAUGAUAUGUUAUAUGAUUCAGAACACGAAUUCUUAAAAAAUAAUGAUAUGUCUAAUAUUAAUAUACCAGAAUUCAAAGGAAAAAAUAAAAAAUACAAAAAAAACAUUUUAAAAAAUAUGGAUAACUACUUUGAAAAAAAAUUAUUCAAAAAGCUUAGUGAAAUACACCAUUAUAUGCAUGAAAGAGAUAUUCAUGGGGAAAAAAAUACUAAUGGGGUUUAUAGGAACCUUUCUAUAAUAUUUACAUUACCUGUAAUUGUAUAUUUAUCUGGAUAUUUUAUUUUUAAAAAAGGAUAUGAAUGGAAUGUAAAUUUAGCUAAUGUUUACAUUUUUUCUUUUGUUUUAACUAUAUUUAUGCUUGCUUAUAUUUUCAUAAAAAUAUUGAAACACCGUGUACUACUAGAAGGGAAGUUAAAUCCCAGAUUAACUGAUUAUAUUUAUGCAUUUAAAAGUCUAUUUAAUUAA